GAGUGUUGUCGGGGCCUAAGCGGAUACAGUGAACAUCUCAGCGGAUUCGUUUAGUCGCAGUGUUCCAGGUGUGGAGGUAACGAUGGAGGAGCCUCAGCAGCAGCAGCCUGGUCUGGAGGAAAGCAAAAGCAAUUUCAGGAUACAUGUGAUCACAUGGAACGUAGCCACGUCUAAUCCUCCAGAUGACAUAAACUCGCUGCUUCAUCUGAACCAGAUUCUUCAACAAAACCCGGACCUCUUUGUGAUCGGUCUACAGGAAGUGUCUUCUGUCCCACUGAGAUACAUGACUCAGCUUGUGUUCAAUGAUCCUUGGAGUCUCUUGUUCAUGUCUACUCUUGGACCACAAAAUUAUAUCAAGCUGUCAUCCAUCAGAAUGCAGGGUCUGCUGCUUCUCUUCUUUGCCAAACUGCACCACGUGCCAUUCAUCAGAGACAUCAAGACCUCGUACACACGUACUGGCAUCUCGAGAUACUGGGGUAACAAAGGUGGCGUCUCUGUCCGGUUCUCUUUCUAUGGUCACAUGAUCUGUCUGCUUAACUGCCACCUGGCUGCUCACAUGGAACACAUGACUGAGAGAGUGGAUGACUUUGUCUACAUCUUGGAUACGCAGAAGUUUGACUGCGAAAAAGCACAGAGGAUCGUCGAUCACAAGCUGGUGUUAUGGUUGGGAGAUCUUAACUUCAGAAUUCAAGACCAUGAACUGGACUACGUCCACUCCUGCAUCGACAACAAAACCUACAACCUACUGUGGCGCAAAGACCAGUUGACUAUGAUGAAGGAGAAAGAACUGAUGCUUCAGGAGUUUGAAGAAGGUCACUUGAACUUUCAACCCACCUACAAGUUUGACCUGAACUCUGACACGUACGACACCAGGGACAACACCUCAGGGUUUGGCUUUAAUGAAAAGAAACGUAAGCCUGCCUGGACAGACCGUAUCCUGUGGCGACUCAAGUCCAAAGUUCUAACCGAUGGAGAGCAUAAUAAAAACAACAUCAGCAGGUCAGAGGAGGAUGAGGAGUACCCUCUGACCAUUAAGCAGGACCUGUAUACCAGCCACAUGGAGUACAGCAACAGUGACCACAAACCUGUGGUUGGAACCUUCACACUGGAGCUGAGGAAGAAAGACACCAUUCCUCUAGUGCAUCUGCAGGCUGAGGGGGAGUGGAGUGCAGACAAGGAUGCCCUCCUCCUCUACACUACUCUGCAGCCAUUUCCCUCCAGUUCAUGGGACUGGAUCGGCCUCUAUCAGGUUGGCUUUACUAGUAAGGAUGACUAUUUCACCUACACGUGGGUCAAAGACCAGGAGGUGGGCUUCAGUGAGGAGGCCAUCCAGGUGUGUGUCAGCAAAGAGGGAAUCCCAGUGAGGGGAGGACAGUGCAUACUGUGCUACUACAGCAGUAUUCUUCAGUGCAUCAUUGGAGUCAGUGAACCAUUUCAGGUCAACGAGUCCAGAGAAGCCGCAGAGGAAGAUGUAACACCUGAUUAAAGGCGACCAGUAGCGAGUGACUGAUGUGUAGAAGUGACCGCUGUGGUAUGAUGAAAAGAAGAAAGAAAGAUACUGUAGCUGAACUUGCUUUCAAAGAUGUGGUGUGGAUGAACCAAAAGACUGAAGUACAGAGAAUGCCAGGUAUGAAAAAAAAACACAGAUGGAAAUGGAAAAUUUGCUCAUGGACUCUAGUAGUAGUAGUUUACACUGUAAUGUGACUGUGAGUCAGAGCAGAGCUAAAGGGAAAUUUAGUCAAGCCUGGUUGUAGGUUGAGCGGUUUAGUGUUCACUGAGAAUCCGUCUUGGGCAUAAAUGCUACAGCUGCAGACAAAUGUUUUAAGUUAAAGAUUUUAAAUUAUUUUUAUGUAGUAGGUCUAAAUUUUAUAUGGUAUACUUGUCCAGUCCAGUCCAGUUUAAAAGGCUGCAGAUUUGCGUAUGGGACCAAGGCACCCAUGUGAGUCAGGUCUUCAUUUAAAGACCUCUUUAGUCCAGGCUGGUUCUACAAUCAGUGCUGACUGUUGGUCAGUACUUCGUCCAACUACUACUCCUGAAACAGCUAGGCUUUCUUUACACAUGUCCUAUGGGUAAAUACUAAAAAUCUACAAAAACAUUGUGAUUUUACACAGGAUUUACUUUCCACAUUUUCUGUUUCAUUCGCCGUCUGAGAAAAAAAAGACUGACUGAGAGGAUAAAAUUGGCCAUAAAAGGGCUUUUUUCUUUUGACACAGAUUUGAUGAGGUUUAAACAGAGUAGUGUAGUGUAGUGUCCCCUUAAAGCUUUUAUUGAUUUUUAUUAUCGUACUGUGUUGAAACAUUGCUGUAAAAUGUAGUCAAAACAUGCUUAUAAAUAUAAUACAUAUUUAAAAAAUAUGUAUGCAUUAAACAGAGUAUAUUAUCUUUGCUGCUAUAAAGAGAUAAAAUGUUAUGUUGUUUUCAUUUUCUCCUCAGUGUAAAUUUGUUCCUGGAGAACUUGAAAACACAAAUGUCUGUCAUUUGUAACCCACAGCAUUUUUAAAGGUUUGAAGAAACAGUACCACACAGGUUGUGUUGUGACAUGGGAAAAGAGAUCAUUAAGGUCUUGGAACUUUUUUGCUCUAAUAACAAAACAAUUUUAUUUAUUAUACAAUUUUGGAUGUUGAGAAUUUAAUAGCAAGUGCCUUUAAAGAUAUGUGGCUUUACAUCUACCGUACGUUUCUAUGCUGUUACACAUUGAUACAGGUUGUAUCAGUAAUAUAGAUUACAACAUUUUAUCAAGACUUUAAAAUAAUAAAAUUCAAAACAUUUAGCCGCACACAACUACUGAGUAAUGUUGUUGGGUUGCUGGAGUUUAUCAUAUUAGCAACUUUUGGCACAAGUAAUUUUAUUUUUAAUCUAAAGAAAAAUAUAUUUAAUUGAAUGUCCUUCAAAUCUAAUAUAAUAUACUGCAGAAAAUUACAACAGAAUAAAGCAAAUAU